AGGCGCGGGGGAGGCGAAGCGAGGCGGGGAGCGGCGGGAGCGGCCGGGAAGAUGCUGGAGGCGGCGGCGGCCGAGCCGGAGCUGGACCCCGAGGACUUGGUGCACUUCUCGGUGGGCGAUUUGCCCAGCCGCGGCUAUGGUGUGAUGGGGGAGAUCCGGCGGCAGGGCAAGCUCUGCGAUGUGACCCUAAAGGUAGGGGACCAUAAAUUCAGCGCUCACCGGAUCGUGCUGGCAGCUUCUAUCCCGUACUUCCACGCCAUGUUCACCAACGACAUGAUGGAGUGCAAGCAGGAUGAGAUUGUCAUGCAGGGGAUGGAUCCCAGUGCGCUUGAGGCUCUGAUCAACUUUGCCUACAAUGGUCACCUGGCCAUAGAUCAGCAGAACGUCCAGUCUCUGCUGAUGGGGGCAAGUUUCCUGCAGCUGCAGAACAUCAAAGACGCUUGCUGCACUUUCCUCAGAGAGAGGCUUCACCCUAAGAACUGUCUGGGAGUGCGGCAGUUUGCAGAGACGAUGAUGUGUGCGGUGCUCUACGACGCUGCCAACAGCUUCAUUCACCAGCACUUCGUGGAGGUAUCCAUGUCUGAAGAGUUCCUGGCACUGCCUUUUGAAGACGUCCUGGAGCUCGUCUCUAGGGAUGAGCUCAAUGUGAAGUCUGAAGAGCAGGUGUUUGAAGCUGCGUUAGCCUGGAUACGGUACGACCGAGACCAGAGAGAGUCGUUCCUACCCGAGCUCCUGUCCAAAAUCCGCCUCCCCCUUUGUCGACCUCAGUUUCUCACUGACCGCGUGCAACAAGAUGACCUGGUCCGCUGCUGCCACAAAUGCAGGGAUCUAGUUGAUGAGGCAAAAGAUUAUCACCUCAUGCCGGAGCGCCGGCCGCACCUCCCAGCGUUCAAGACCCGUCCUCGGUGUUGUACCUCAAUUGCAGGAUUGAUUUAUGCUGUUGGAGGACUUAACUCAGCAGCAAAUUUUUAUGCAGGUGACUCGCUGAAUGUGGUGGAAGUCUUUGAUCCCAUUGCCAACCGUUGGGAGAAGUGCCAGCCGAUGACGACGGCCCGGAGCCGAGUCGGGGUAGCGGUGGUGAACGGAUUGCUCUACGCCAUCGGCGGCUACGACGGUCAGCUGAGGCUGAGCACCGUGGAGGUUUACAACCCAGAGAUGGAUUCCUGGUCCAAAGUAGAAAGUAUGAACAGCAAGCGAAGCGCGAUGGGAACGGUGGUGCUGGAUGGCCAGAUCUACGUGUGUGGCGGCUACGAUGGAACCUCAUCCCUCAACUCCGUGGAGUCCUAUUCUCCAGAAACAAACAAGUGGACGGUGGUGACCCCCAUGAGCUCCAACCGCAGCGCCGCUGGAGUCGCCGUCUUCGAGGGCCGGAUCUACGUAUCGGGAGGGCACGACGGCCUGCAGAUCUUCAACAGUGUGGAGUACUACAACCACCACACGGCUACCUGGCACCCGGUCGCCAGCAUGCUCAACAAGCGCUGCCGCCACGGAGCAGCCUCGCUGGGCAGCAAAAUGUUCGUCUGCGGAGGUUACGACGGCUCGGGUUUCCUCAGCAUCGCCGAAGUCUACAGCUCCAUGGCGGAUCAGUGGUACCUGAUCGUCCCCAUGAACACCCGGAGGAGCCGCGUCUCCCUCGUUGCAAACUGUGGCCGUCUCUACGCGGUGGGGGGUUACGACGGACAGUCUAACCUCAGCUCGGUAGAAAUGUACGACCCGGAAACGAACCGCUGGACGUUCAUGGCCCCGAUGGUGUGCCACGAGGGAGGGGUCGGCGUGGGCUGCGUCCCCCUCCUCACCAUCUGAGAAGCAAGCGGGGGGUUUUUUUUGGGGUGGGGAACCGAUCUUUUCAACGACAAUCUGAGGAGAGGUUCAAAGAGCGUGACAGCCGCAGAGGUGCGUUUCCAGGUGCUCAAGUGUCAUUCACAAACACACAAAAAAAACUCGACAAAACAAUCCCCGCCCUUGACUUUUACUCCUGAAAGAUCAAACGCAUCGAAAUACGCCGCAUCUACGCGCUGGUGCGAGCGAGGAGCUGCCCGCCUCCCUCCGUUAGCCUUUCCUCGGAGCUGCGGCUACGCCAACCCUUCCUCUCGCCGUUGGUUUUUCCAAACAGCCCUGCGGUCUCCGCUUUCGGCUGCGCCUUUGGGAAAUGCUGCUGUAGGCCGGGGGAGGGAGGCAGGCUCAAUUGCGACAUAAAAACGGCCGCUUUAAUGACUUUGAAAAUACGUCCGCUCCUUCCAUCAGCGGCAAAGCGACCCCACGAUCCCCCCUGAGGGUUUGGGCAGCGGCGAUGUGGCUCGCUGCUGGGCACGAACGGAUCUCGCCUGGUUUAUUAAAACAGAAGAACGACCAACCGUCGGCGUCGGUUCCCGGACCGCAUCCAGGCCCUGCGUUUCGAGGUGCUUCUUACACAAGCCGUCGGCGGCUUCUCGAAGUGGAGCUGUGCUUUCUUCAGCUCGAUGGGGAAAACUUCUCCACAAGAGCCGCGUGAUGGAGAAACUAGGAAGGGGGAAAGCCAGGCGGUUAAACCAUCGAAUCGUUGUAGCAAGCUUUGGAGGAGAAGGCCGAACGUAAAUGACACUAAACAACCCUCUUGGGAUUUCAGAAUGGGAAACAGGCCACGGUGUUAAUUCUAAAGGUGGCCUUUAAAUUAAAUAGCGAUCUGUUUUCAAAGGUGAUGGGUAAGAGGGAGCUGGAGCGGGGCAAAGAUCUUUCAGGAGGGGCAAGAAAAAAAUCCGUGUUGAAUUUGUCAGCUCUGGAAGGCCACUGCUGUGCCGGUGCGGGCAGCUGCCAUCCCCGGGGGGGAGAGGGACGGCUGCAGGCAGAGCGCAGGCAGAGAAAUCCCGCGCAAGGGUGACCAUCACUGCGAAGGGCCGGGGGGGAAAAUCACGUGUCGGCAGAGCUGGCGCAGCCACGGCCCAGGCAAGAUCGCCGCUUUUUGGUAUUUUCUGUUUUGCUACACCAGGAAAGGUCUUUGCGGUGGGUUUUGUGCCGGGGAAACUUUCUGCAGGCGAAGGGCGGCGGGGCCAAAGCAGCUGCCCGCCGUCGGCAGCGUGCAGGCAGCGCCACAGCUCCCUGCCUUGCGCGGUCCUUGCCCGCAUCAGCUCUCCAGCGCUUCUCUUGCAUGAACGUGAACCGCCAUCCCUCCGGGGCUCUCUUCCACGCCUGCGUCCUCCCGUGCCGCCCUUCGGCAAAGCCAUACCUCUUCACCGCCGUCGAAAGGGGCAGGCAGGGACAGGCAGGUGCAGGCAGGCACCGGCUGCUGCCACCCCUGCGCGCUCGGGCAGGAGGAACUCGACACUAAUCCCGCCGGCAGCAGCGAAGGGACGGGGAUGUGGCCCCGUGGCCUGCCUUUCGGGGGGCACGCGGAGCUGGAUGUUCACCCCAGCCUCCCCCCCGCGCGUUCUGACCCGACUCCUAGCGUCGCUCGGGGUUUGAACUGUGGGUGUACAUGUGGAUGUCUAUAUAUUCAGGUACUAUGUAUAUUUUAGGUAUGUAUAACGAGCGUAUCCAGCUAUAAAUGUGAUUUGUCA